UACACUGGAACCUUUAUAUAUUCAGGUGCAUGAAGGUAUAUUCAGGUAGUAGGUUUUGAACCAACCUGAACAAUCGUGCGAACUAAACAAUUAGCAAAUAUAAAUAAAAUUAACAAUAUAUUACAUAUGUAACAUACAUGGUAUAUUUUAGGAUAUAACAAAGUAUGAUACAGUUAUACAUUUUGCAUUAGAAUAUUGUACUCGCAUGAAAGAGAGAGAGAGAGAAAGCAUAACUUUCAUUUACAAAAUGGUUACAGAAUUUAAUGUGAAACAAAGAUUUAACUGUCACGACAGUUGCAAAUGAAACAUGAGCGAAAUAGAGAGCAAGAGUGCACUAUUAAAAUCUAAAUCCAAACAUCUUGAUCAAUCGUACCCUGUAAAUAAUUGUAACGAGGAUGAUAACGAUCACAAUUGGUGGGCAAGCGACAGUGGAUCCAGCACAGGAUCAUAUUACUCAGAUACCGACAGUUCCGUGGUUGAAUGGGAAUCCGAGAUUGGGCCUACCGGAGAAGUGUUUUAUGUAGAAUCAGCGGAAGAGAGUUUAUUCGAAGAUUCUACAGUAUUUGACAAUAAAAAUGAUAGUCCUCAACCUGAGUUAACGCGUCGUCGUAGCACGAGAGCCGGUAAAUUGUUUCGACUUAUCAGACGUAAGGAAAGCAAACGCUGGAGCACAAGAAAUAAAAAGAUUAACAGCAGCACAGUAGCGAGUGAUGUUGUCGUUCAAGAAAAAGAUGCAAGUGGAAGCAAGGAAGUCACAUUUCGAGACUUCCAGGCAGGUGAAAUUCGGGAAGUUACACUGUGGAUUGAUCCUGAAAGAAGGCACAAGUUGGGAAGGAGGGCAACCUUAUGCGAGGCAUUUUUUGGCAUCACACCAGGUGUAUUUUCAGAUAAAAUUAGAGUCAUGGUGGCGGGAUUUAUACCGGAUGGUGAAGCCAUGAAGAACAAAAAUAUAAAAAUUGGAGACUGGUUGCGGAGCAUUAAUUCCAAUAAUGUCACUUCCAAGAAUUUAGAUCAAAUAUUAUCCGAAAUCACUACACCAUCAAACGUAACAUUAGAAUUGCAAAGAGUGGCUGGAGUCGACGUUACUGCAAAACUGCCUCGAGUAAAUGAACCAAAACAAUCAACAUUGGUUCAAUACCUGGUAAAUAGAAAAAAUAAUCUCUACAUGGAAUCUUUAUUGAAUUAUCCAUUGGGUGUAUUAUAUUUAAAGACAAUGGAUCUUUCGGAAAUGGGACAAGAAUUGCAGGGUGUAUUAUAUACAUUUCCGCGAUCCGAAACUAAAAAUAUGCAUUCCUCUUUGUGCACAGCGAGAGGAGCCUUUAUAACUCUCAAUCACUUGUUACCUAGUAUAUCAGGCCCGCAACCUGUCAGUACAACUGUCCACAUAGGUGAGGAAGAAAUGCACAUUGUGUACACAUCUCACAAUGAUGAAUUACUUUUGAUAGCUUUACCUGAGAAAUGGUGCACCCUGCAGGAGGCUGUCAAAAUUACGGAGGACGUAGUCAGAACAUUGGAAUUUACUUAUCAAUCGUUGACGAAGUGUUUCACUAUUCCAGAAAAUCAGUCUUCAUUGGAUCAUUUUUUCAUACUAAUUAUGCAUAGAUUAGCAAAUAUCAAGGAUUUGUGUAACGAUGCCGACGUUAAAAAGCAUACAGUGGAACUGCAAAACACUGUCGAAAAUAUGGAAAAUUACAAGUUCAGGAGUGCUUUCUCGGUGGCUAGUUUUAUACAGUUACCUAGAGAUGCACAAAUACAAAUAGAUGCCGCAUUGAGUGAAAUGGAAGCUAUGGAUUACAGAGAUUGGAACGAGGAUCCUAUGGAUUGUCAGAGACUGUAUACUAUAUUAGGUAGCUGCGUUUAUCACAAAUGCUAUCUUUUGGGAUCUCAUUUGCCUCAUGAAGAUUUAAUCGACGUGCAUUCGUUUCUGAGACAUAACGGUCUAUUGAAUCUGAUGAAUCAAGAACAAGUAAAAUGUCUCGUUCUGUGGAAACAGAUUUAUCCGUCAUCUUGCAAUCGUGGCAACGUCAACGUCGACGACAACGAUCAAUUACUGAUACCUGAUGGAAAGUGGUUUUUAUUAGUCGUUGCGUAUGGACACGAUUUGCUGGCGGUUUUAUUGGAAUCCGGAGGAUGCACCGCGAAAUACAGCGACGCGAUAGGUCCAGAUGUAUUUUACGUGGAAGAAGCCCAAGAGACAUUAAAGCAUGUGCAAAAAAUUGGAGUCACAACUUUAGCUUCGAAGUGGAUUAUGUCUAAUACCAGGCCUGAAGUGAUACCAUACGAGGAACAUACAAUGACCAAGCCCUCGUCCAGCAUAACGGAGAACCUGUUUGGCUUAAUAAAAUCGUCUGAUGCUCAAAUUUCAAUGUCCAAGUCGAGCGUUAAUUCUGCUAUCAACAAAAAGCCGCAAGAACUGCCUUCUAUCUUGAAGAAACGCAGCCCUGAAGAAAGUCCAAUGAUUUCGGGUUCUGUGUAUUCCUUACAAACGUCUGAAGAUUCACUCAGCCAAGGAACAGGUGGCAUCAGCGAAAUGAGCGACGAGGCGAUGCCUAUACUCGGAAGACGGGCGACCAGAGAGAAGAUUAACUCGGCGUCGAGAUACUCCGACGACAGUGACUCAGAUAUCGACAUAUACAAGAGUGAUAGUCACGUGCUCGCUUUAGAUAUAUCCAACAUACGAGAGAACUUACUAAACCAAGCAGAAUAUUUGAUACCGAAAAAAUUGACGGCUGGUGACAAAAAUUAUCUGUAUCAUUAUGUCCACUUAGACAUGGUAGAAGGGAUUCUGUUGUCAUCGAUACCCAUUCAAAAUACAUCGAAGGACAAUAAGAUUCUUAUAAACUUCAACAAAUGCGUACACGUCAUCCAUAGAUUAUUGCACAAUACAGUGCGAUUUAAGAAGAUGUUGAAUCAGGACAUGGACAAAACCGUUAUCAAUAGGAGUUUAAUCGCCGUUAAAGAACAUGGUGUGUUGUUUGAGUGGGAGAAUACAGUUUUUUGGGUAAUCGGACGCCUUUACACUAGUCCUCAUCCCAAGGAAUUAUAUGUGUGCCAUCAAGACUCUGCACCACAAAAUUUAAUUGAAAUAGCUUUUCAAUUGCACACGUGACAUUAUUCUAGCACACAAACAAAACCGUGUAUCCUUUUAUAUAACAAAUACUUUUAUUAAAAAUACGUUUAUCUAUUAUGUGUAACAUUGAUCAUUUUUAAUAAUUUGGAUGAUAAUAAAUAUGCAGAUAAAUUUUGCAAGAAAAUUA